AUGUCCGGCCUCCUAGAAGACGUCGGAACGCCGUGCCCGCCAAAGUCAAGAAUCCCCAGGUUGGACCGAUGCAGCAAUCACAACACAUCGGUCACCGGCCUGUGGGACAGCAGCGCAGAUCAGGGCGACGAAACAUGCAACAUCGACUUCACCAUGGAGGUGAAAAAGCCUGUCUUGACAGGAACCAGGCCCAGACGACGCACCAAGACCGGCUCCUCCUUUGCAAUUCACGAGGAAGACGAUGCGAAAUCAAAUCAAGUGACCAACAAACGGAGACGAGACGACAGCAUGGCCGACUCAGGUGUCAACCGGAAGACUUCGCUGCUCGCCCAGCCCGCCCAAAGGUUCCGCCCCAAAGUCAGCUUUGCGCCGAGUCCAUCGAAACGAUAUAGGGAGACUGUUGAUCCGGUGAAGCCAGUGCCUACCCCGGAGGCCACUGCGGCAGCCAAUCGGGAGUUUUUGGUGAAGAUCAAUGGCAGCGCCCGGUCGAGGCCCUCGCCUCGCAAGACAGACGUCCACCGUGAUACGGUCUACGUCCCACCAGAUGAGACCACCGUUGCGAGCACGUUCAUGGAUAUCUUCAGUCCGGUCAAAUCAAUUCCGCAGCAAUCCGUGUCUGAUGAUACCCAGUCCAACUGUGUACAAACGCAGUCUUUCAGAAGAAGACACGGGAACGAGUCGCGAGCUUCGAUCCAUCGCCCACCGUUACGACCGAGUUUGAAGAUUGCUCAGGAAUCCUCCAUUCAAAUUGACGUUGUCGGGAAAAAUGGUGGUAAAGAGAACAUUCCCCCGGGAUCGGUACUGGGCGAGAAGAAAGUCCAGCCUUACAAGCUCUGGGAACCCCCCGCUGAGGAUUCGAAGGCGACCAAGUCGGUACAGUGUGGAUCUGGUGACGCUUCCCGUCAAAAGGUUGUAUCCAAGCCGCUCUCUACAGCAUCUAUAAACGGGUCCCUACAGCGAGCGGUCCUGAAAACUCGGAAUAGGUCGAACCAAACUUCAACCGAUAUUGUGAAGAGCAACAUCAGUGCCAGGCAGAAAUCAAACUCAGUGAAUCUCGAAGCAUCGACCAUCCUUAGGGACUCUACCACCAAGCCGCUAAGACACUCGAAACCUACCGCUGCUCUUUCCAGGACAAAGGUUUCGUCUAGCGUGAGGCGUUUGGAUGACGAGUACCCCCUCAUUCCCGACAACAUUACAACCACGGCAAUGUACGAAGAUGACUGGCUUUCACACCAAGAAGCGGUAAUAUCGCAAUUGGUGAAUACCCUAAUUGGACAACCAGAUGAAAGCCAGGGUGUCGACGACCCGGCCAUACUCCGGCAUGAGCUCUUAGGUCUUUACCAAGAUCCCUCCUUUACGCAUUUGUAUAAACGCGUUCAGGCGUCUGUUCUAUAUGGAGCUAUGAGCAUCCCAAAGGAUGUACUCAUCAAAAACAGUCGACUCACCCAGGACUUGGGGAUGAAACGAAAAUUCUUGGAUCUUUGGACACGGACGUACGAUCUCCGAGCCCUGAGGGCCGCCAUGGAAACUAUUACUGGAAGGAGGAUACCGACCCCGGUGACACAGGACUCUGGCUUCGAUGCAAGAGCAGCAUCGGACACUCAACGUUCGCUCAAGAAAAAGCUUGAGGGCUUCCUAGACGCAUUCCUGCUGCAAAACCGGGACACAGAUCGAAGCGCGAAAGAAACUAGUGGCAGUGAUCCAGCCGCAGUAGGCCACGCAUAUCGUCGCACGGUUCUCCGCAGCAUCAUGAUCAUCAUACUUCUCGACAAAGGCAGAAUGGGAGGGACAACGAUCCCCCGUCGUCUUUUCCUCGCUUCGUCGCCCUUCAAAUCAUCGGCGGCCGUGUUGCAAGGCCUGGCUCGCUUUCUUCUCCCGUCAUCAGGGGACAUCCUGAAGGCGCUCGGCCAUCUGGAUUGCCAGUUGGAUUAUGAGCAGCAUCCACUGGAGGAAUACGACUUCCGCAUGCACAACCUUGCUGUGGACCUCCGGGAUGGGGUUAGACUGACCAGGGUGGUAGAGCUGCUGUACCCGCUUACCUCGUAUUCGGAUAGUUUCGCAGAUCGUCAGUGGUCGCUUUCUCAGAACCUAAAACUUCCCUGUCUUGGCCGAGCGGUGAAGCUUUUCAACGUGCAGAUUGCACUAGAUUCGUUGGCCGCCAUGCCAUCGUCCAAGAAGCUUGUUUCCCAUGUGCGGGCCGAAGACAUCGUGGACGGUCACCGCGAGAAAACCGUCUCCCUGCUUUGGGGACUGGUCAGUAAAUGGGGAUUGGCCAAACUCGUCGACUGGGAUGAUCUGAGGAAGGAGAUUGACCGACUCACGCAAAAGGCAAUUUCCCUAUUUGGAUAUGAGCAGGUCAGCUGCGCAGAUUGGUUCACCGGAGCGAAGUCAAGCAACUCAAAAGCAGAGAACGACGAGUCCAUCUCGCUGCUCACACGGUGGGUGUCCAUUCUCGCAGGGCUCAAAGGUCUUCACUUCGAGAACUUCAGCACAAGCUUUGGCGACGGCAAGAUCUAUGCAGCCAUCGUAGACGAAUACGAGGAGUACGUCCGCGGAGAUAGCCCGUCCAAUCCUCUGCCCAAGACUCUGCCCAAGCUGGCAUCCCGCCUCCGCGCACUAGGCUGCAGCGCAGAAUUCACGCACCUUGUCCUCUCAGGUCCAUCAGGCAAGACACACGUCCUCGACAGCGACCUAACCAUCGGGGCACUCGCCUUCCUCUGCUCUCGCCUCCUCCCCGCCAGCCAACGAGCCCGAGCCGCCACCGUACUGCAAAACGCCUGGCGUCGCGUCCUCGCCCGUCGCGAACUCCACCUCCGCACUCUGGCCUACAGCGUAGCCCAACACUGCGCCGCUGUCGUGCAAACCCGGGACCGUAUCCUCUGGGCACAGAAAACGAUCGCAAGAUGGUGGAAGAAGACCAAGACGCGUCACCAGCGA